CUGAGGCAGGAAAAACGGCUCGAGUAAAGCGGCAGUGGCUGGGAUCCUCUCUGGAGUGGAAGAUAUUUCCAUUAAUGGUACAAACAAGAACAUUUCACAGAGGAAAAACUCCUUCUGAAAUGCACACUGAGGAAGAGGAAGAGGAGUGCGGAGGACUCACACAAGGUGAUAAACUAAGAGCGCUGAAGAGUACGAGGCAGUCCAGAGCAUCCACAGGCUCAAUAUCGUUAGAAGAAAAUGCAAUACACUCCAAAUCAACAUCAAGAGCGUUAAGCUCAGACAAAAGGAAAAGAACUCGGGCUUCCCCCCUCGGAUCCAUCAGGACCCAGUAG